AUGAAUAUCGGACCUCGCAGAAAUAUUAAGGAAAUGCUCCCAAUCCACCAAAACUUCAUUGAACCUCAUAACUACUAACCAUUAUUCAAAAGUCCUGUGAGCACUCGUUCAAGGUAGCAGAGACCAUCCAAAUUACCUUCAUUCAAAAUGCCUAGUGGAUAAUAGGUGUCAAUUGCUGUAUCGCCACCCGUAUCUCCUUAAUGGAGGACUCGCAAUAUGAGUCGUGCAGAAUCAAGAAUGUUCAAUGUAAGUCCUCCUCAAGUACCUUAAAGUCCAAAAUACGUGAUCUAGAUGUCAAUCUUUAAUGAAAAUUUAUUAGUGAGUUUAUGUAACUUAGUUAGUAAAAAGCAUUACAGAGAAAGAACAAUGAAACUGGGAUUAAAAAAUAACUUGUGUAAACGCCUGAGAAAAUGCUACAUUAGCAAUCCUUAAUUAGAGAAGAUCUAAAUAAAGGCAGUUUUAAAUUCUUAUUUGUACUCGGAAAAGGAGGAUUUGGAAAAGUGUGGAGAGUAGAACUCUGUAAAACUAGAAAGUAAUAUGCAAUGAAAGAGAUGAGUAAGGCAAGGUAUUUCAUAAUAUAUUAUUGAGAAUCUUAUCAAAAAAGUCUGUCCAUUCAGUCAUGAAUGAAAAGAUCCUCCUUAGUAAACUUAGACAUUCCUUUAUUGCCAAUAUUCAUUUUGCAUUUUAAGAUCGCGAUCACCUUCAUUUGGUGAUGGAUUUAUUAACUGGAGGUGAUUUAAGGUAUCAUAUAGGAGUGAAUCGCCGUUUUACAGAAUGGCAAACAAGUACAAAAUUAGAUAAAUUUAGAAUUCGUCAUAGCGUGUUUAUUAUUGAGUUUAGAGUAUCUGCAAAACAAUAACAUUAUACAUAGAGAUAUUAAACCUGAGAAUGUAGUAUUCGACAAGAAGGGGUAUCCAAGAUUAACAGAUUUUGGCAUAGCAAGAGUAUUGAAGCCAGAGAACAGUUAAGAAACAAGUGGCACUCCAGGAUAUAUGGGUUAGUAAUUAUUUUAAGUUAGACAGCCCCAGAAGUAAUGUGUAGACAGAAUCAUGGAAUAGGAGUUGACCAUUUCGCUUUGGGAGUUAUGAUCCACGAAUUCAUGCUUGGAAAAAGACCUUACAUAGGGAGAUCUCGAAAGGAAAUCAAAGAAAUGAUGUUAACUAAGUAAGUGAAUAUCAAAAGGUAGGAUGGUUGGAGUAGUGAGAGUGCAGAUAUUUGCAAUUAAGUAAAUAGAAUUAGUUAAGAGUAGUUAUUAUAGAGAAAGCAAUAAUACAGAUUGGGGUUUGAUGGGGUUUAAUCCAUUAAGAAGCAUCCUUGGUUUUAGCAUAUUAACUGGUAGAGUCUGAUUGAUAAGACCAUGCCUUCUCCUUUUAGUGAACUGGCCUCUUCUGAAGAUAAGGACUUUAAAAGGUAGAUUUCUUCGGACCAUGACUCCGAGGACUCUCUGAUCUAGGAGAAUGCGGGUGCUUUGAGGAGGGAUUCUAUUCAAGAUAUGUUCAAGGAUUAUGAAUACAAUGAUCAUGGAGUGACUGGGAGCACUAAUUCGACUCAAAUUUAAUGA